AUGGCUUGGGAUGACGUAUCUACUGAAACUAUUCAAAAUUGUUUUAAGAUUUUAAAUGAAUCUAAUCACGAAAAUACAUUAAUUGAACAUUAUGAGACUGAAAUUGAAAGAACUGACAUUUUCGAUCCUCUAAUGAGCGAAGAUUUUCUAAAUAUCGAAAACACAGAAGAUCAAGAUAUAAACGAAAUUGUUUACAAGAGGAUAAAGAGCAUUCAAGGUCUUUACGACUAUGGUCCAAUUGGCUGUGCCACUCAAUCCAAUAUUCUUGCAAUAUGGCGAAAACAUUUUAUUUUGGAAGAGAAAAUGUUAGAAGUUGACUGUUCUAUUAUAACUCCUGAACCUGUCCUGAAGGCCUCGGAAUUUCUUGAAUUAAGGAUUUCGAAUACAAAAUGUGAAAAUGAAUGCAAUAAGUUAAGAAAUAUCAUUGAUUUGGGUUAUAUUUUGAAUGUUAGUUACAGUUUUUUACGACCUGAAACAGCGCAGGGAAUUUUUGUUAAUUUUGAUGCUUUAUUGCGGUUUAACCAUCAAAAUAUUCCCUUUGCUGCAGCUCAGAUAGGAAAAGCCUUUCGUAACGAAAUUUCUCCUCGAUCGGGUCUUCUCAGAGUUCGUGAAUUCACAAUGGCAGAAAUUGAACAUUUUGUUGAUCCAGAUGAUAAAAGUCACCCAAAAUUUGAUAAAGUGGCUUCUCUCAAAUUGUCUUUGCUGUCUUCUGCUGACCAAAUAAAUGGGCGACCGAGUAGAGAAGAUCUCACAUUGGAUGAGGCCGGUUUGAUUGCUAAUCAGACACUCGGCUAUUUUAUUGGCAGAAUUUAUUUGUUUUUGAUUCGCGUUGGAAUAAAUCACGACAAAUUGCGAUUUAGACAGCAUCUGACAAACGAAAUGGCACAUUAUGCAUGUGACUGUUGGGAUGCAGAGUGCAAGACUUCUUAUAUUAAAAAAACCAUAACCUGCGCAAUUCCAAUUGCUUCUAAAAUUAAAGAGAAGUACAAAUCGUCAACGAAUUCAGUUUUACAAAGUUUAAAAAAUAUGCCUUCUGAUGAUGCUAUCAAACUAAAAAAGGAUUUAGAUGAUAAAAAAUUAAGAAACAAUAUUCCUGUUAAAGAAAUUUCCAAAAUAGUUGAUAUAUCACCUUCUGCAAUUUACAAAAUUUGUAAAUUUUUGGAUGAAAAUGAAAAUGUUGAUUUCUAUGCUUAUGUACGGUCUAAAGGCCCUAAGAAAAAAGAUAACCGUGAAAUAAUUGAAAAAAUUACAAAUAUUAUUAAUGAGGAUAAUUCUUUGACACAAUUAGGUGUUAGAGAAAAGCUUUUUACAAAUUAA